CGCAUUGAACAGUAGGGUACUGUGCCCCUCAAACAUGGCCGUGCUGCUGCGGCCAAGAUGCUGAGAUUUUCCGUGGGAAGGGAGGAUUGCGGGCAGCCAUGGCGAGGCUGGCGGACUACUUCAUAGUGGUGGGAUACGACCAUGAGAAGACAGGAUCUGGCGAGGGUUACGGUAAAAUCAUCCAGCGCUUCCCGCUGACGGACUGGAGCGACACGCCGUUCCCACAAGGAGUAGAACUGUUUUGUCAGCCGGCGGGAUGGCAGCUUUCACGCGAGCGGAAACAACCCACAUUCUUCGUUGUCGUCUUAACGGAUAUCGACUCGGACCGCCAUUAUUGCUCUUGUCUGACGUUCUACGAGGCGGAGAUCAACCUGCAGGGCACAAAGCGCGAUCACAUCGAUGGCGACGAGGAGGAUUCCGGUUUAAUUCAACCUGCACAAGUGUUUGCUCCAAAAAGUUUGGUGCUGGUGUCCAGACUAGACUAUCCAGAGAUCUUCAGGGCUUGCCUCGGCUUAAUCUAUUCCGUCUAUGUGGACAGUCUGAACGUGUCCCUGGAGAACCUGGUGGCCAACCUGGUGACCUGUAUCAUCCCAUCAGCCGGAGGCUCGCAGAAACUGUUCUCUCUGGGAGCCGGGGACCGGCAGCUGGUUCAGACGCCUCUGUGCGACAGCCUGCCAGUGACGGGCACCAGCGUGGCACUGCUCUUCCAGCAACUAGGAAUCCAGAACGUUCUCAGCCUCCUCUGCGCGGUGCUGACCGAAAACAAAGUCCUGUUUCAUUCCUCCAGUUUCCAGCGACUCAGCGACGCCUGCCGAGCGCUCGAGGCUCUAAUGUACCCCUUAAAGUAUAGCUACCCCUACAUCCCCAUCCUCCCGGCGCAGCUCCUCGAGGUCCUCAGCUCCCCCACUCCGUUUAUUAUCGGGGUUCAUUCCGUCUUCUGCUCUGAGCUCCAUGAUCUGCUGGAUGUGAUCAUCGCCGACCUGGACGGAGGGACCAUAAAGAUUCCUGAAUGUAUUCACCUGUCACAGCUGCCGGAACCUCUGCUCCACCAGACGCAGACCGCCCUGUCACUGGUUCUUCAUCCGGAUCUUGAAGUGGCAGAUUUCGCCUUCCCGCCGCUGCGCACCUCUUUGUCCCACAUUAAAAUGCUGGAUAAAGAAGUGCGCGCCGUCUUCCUCAGAUUGUUCGCCCAGAUAUUUCAGGGAUACCGCUCCUGCCUUCAGCUCAUCAGGAUACACGCCGAGCCGGUCAUACACUUCCACAAGGCCGCCUUCCUGGGACAGCGUGGGUUAAUAGAGAACGAUUUCCUCACUAAAGUGCUGAGCGGGAUGGCGUUUGCUGGCUUUGUCUCGGAGCGAGGUCCUCCGUACCGCGCCUGCGAUCUGUUCGAUGAGCUGGUUUCCUUUGAAGUGGAAAGAAUUAAAGAAGAAGAAAGCUGCGACGCUCAGGAGACGCUCAGAUGGGUGAAGGAGCUCGCGGAGCCGCUCUUCAAAAACGAAAACCCCAACCCCCACAUGGCGUUCCAGAAGGUCCCAAAGCCCACGGAGGGAUCCCACCUGCGCGUCCACAUUCUGCCCUUCCCCAAAAUCAACGACCUCAAAGUCCAGGAGCUCAUACAAGAAGGAGUCCAUAAGAACCAGAACUCCACACUGGCGGCGCGGCUGGAGAAGAAGUGCAUCGUUCCUGCGGGUUCUCCGGUCGUUUCCAUAGUGAACAAGUCCAGCACUGUAUUCAACAGCGCCCGAAGGCUGGAAGUUGUGCGAAACUGCAUCUCGUAUGUGUUUGAGAACAAAACACUGGAAACAGAAAAGACGCUGCCGGCCGCACUCCGCGCUCUGAAGGGGAAAGCUGCGAGACAGUGUCUGGCGGAGGAGCUCGGCCACCACGUGAAGGAGAACAGAACCAUCCUCAACCAUCAGCAGUUCGAUUACAUAAUCCGAAUGAUGAACUGCACGCUACAGGACUGCUCCAGCUUGGAGGAAUAUCACAUCGCGGCGCAGCUUCUGCCUCUGGCCACCGCCUUCUGUAGGAAAUUGUCGGCAGGUGUCAGCCAGUUUGCGUACACCUGUAUCCAGGACCACACCAUAUGGGCCAACCAGCAGUUCUGGGAGACCACGUUCUACGAUGACGUCCAGAGCCAAGUGCGGUCUCUGUACCUGAACGCGAAGGACGGAAACCAAGGAACGGCGUCGGCGCCAAAGGAGAACGGUGUGGACAUCUUGGGGCAGGAGAACACGGUCAUGGACCUGGCCGCCGAGCAGCUACGUCUGUGGCCUGCCCUCAGCAAGCAGCAGCAGCAGGAGCUGGUCCAGAGCGAGGAGAGCACGGUGUUCAGCCAAGCCAUACACUUUUCCAAUCUCAUGGUCUAUCUCCUGGUACCGCUGGACACCAGCAAGAACAAACUACUGCGGACAUCAGCCGCCGGCGACUGGGAGAGCGGGAGCAACAGCAUUGUCACCAAUAGCAUUGCUGGCAGUGUUGCUGAGAGCUAUGACACGGAGAGCGGUUUCGAGGACUCUGAGAAUGAUAUCGCCAAUUCCGUGGUGCGGUUCAUCACGCGGUUUAUUGACAAGGUCUGCACGGAGAGCGGAGUGACGCAGGAGCACAUCAAGAGCCUGCACUGCAUGAUCCCAGGUAUUGUCGCCAUGCACAUUGAAGCGCUGGAGGCCGUACAUCGGGAGAGUAGACGACUCCCUCCAAUCAAGAAGCCGAAAAUCCUGAGACCAGCCCUACUGCCGGGAGAGGAGUUCGUCUGCGAGGCUCUACGCGUCUUACUGGACCCCGACGGAAGGGAAGAAGCCACCGGAGGGAUUCUUGGAGGACCCCACAUCCUGCCUGCAGAGGGCGCCCUGUUUCUGACCACAUAUCGAAUCAUUUUCAAAGGCACGCCUCAUGACCCCCUAGUCGGGGAGCAGAACGUCAUCCGCAGCGUUCCCAUCUCUUCCAUCACCAAGGAGAAGAAGAUCAACGUCCAGAACCAUCUGCAGCAGAACAUGCAGGAGGGGCUGCAGAUCCGCUCGGCCACACUGCAGUUGAUCAGGGUGGCCUUCGAUGAAGAGGUCAGCCCCGAGAUGGUCGACCUGUUUAAGAAGCAGCUGAUGAAGUUCCGCUAUCCGGUGUCCAUCUUCAGCACUUUCGCCUUUGCAGCGGGGCAGGCGGCUCCACCCAUCAUCUUACCAAAGCAAAAGGAAAAAAACACCUCGUUCAGGACUCUCUCCAAAACAAUUGUCAAAGGGGCGAAACGGGCAGGAAAAAUGACCAUCGGGCGCCCCUACGUGGCCAAAAAGAAAACUGGAACAAUAUUAGAGGAACGGGGGAGCCGAAACGAGGACGAUGACAUCUCAGUUUCCGAUGAUAACGAGCUGCCGAGCGCAACGCUGAAAGCGACGGAGAAGUCAACGAUGGAGCAGCUGGUGGAGCGCGCCUGUUUCCGGGAUUACCAGCGCCUGGCACUGGGCACCAUCAGUAACAGCUCCACACGGCUGAAGUCUGAGCAUUUCCGCGUCACCGCCAUGAACAGGAUGCACUCCCUGUGCAGGAGUUACCCCGGGCUCCUGGUCGUGCCGCAGGCGGUUCAGGACAGCAGCUUGCAGAGGGUCGCCCGAUGUUACCGCCACAACAGGCUUCCCGUCGUCUCCUGGAAAAACUCCAAAACAAACGCCAUUUUACUCCGCUCCGGGGGCUUCCACGGGAAAACCGUCGUUGGUCUCUUUAAAUCCCAGAAUACACACACAGCCGCUCCAGCCUCUUCCCUCGAGUCGUCCAGCAGCAUCGAGCAGGAGAAGUACCUGCAGGCCCUGCUGAACGCCAUCUCUGUGCACUACAAGGGGAACGGCGGCGGCACCCUCACCGCAAGGCCCACACUGGCCCUGUCACCAGGCAGCGCCAGAAAGAGCUCCAGAAUGGGCGGAGGGGUUAAGCAUGUUGUGCCAGGACACUUGGAUGGCAGUCCGUCCAAUAGCUUUACCCGCGGAGGUGUUUGGGCAAGUCUGCGCUCCAGCAAUCGCCUUAUCACCACCCAAACGCCUCUGGUCGAUGUUGGCGCUCGUCUUGCAGGAAAAGACCACACUUCAUCUUACACGGACCAUACCACCCUGCAAAACCAGCUGUUAAAGCGCCAGGCUGCCCUGUAUAUCUUUGGAGAGAAAUCUCAGUUAAGGGUAAGUACAGUCGGUGCUGCCGCUGCGCCAGCUGCUCGAUCCGCCACUCUGAUGCCAGGAGUCAUUUUCACUUAGUAAAAUUGUUAUUUUGUAUAUAAACCUUCUUUGUUUUGCCUGCAGUGUAAAGAAUGGGGGUUAUCACUAUUAUUGAUUUCCAUGCUCUCCUAUCUAGCUGAGCUGUAGGGCCUCGCGCUCCCGGGACUAGACGUUAUCAGCACAUUACCCGCAUAGCGGCGCCUAUCAGCGCUCCGCUUACCAUUGGCCUUCUCUGGAAUAUACAGCUUGAUGAUCCCACGACCCUUAUGCUUAACCCGCCGUGCCUGCAGGACAUUGCUCCUCGUGCGACAUUCUUCUCCCUAUCACUUUUUGGGUCUCGGUCCAAGAACAUCAGCGGCAGAAAUUCCUGAAA